AUGGCAACCGUUCCUUGUCAGGUUAGUCACCCCUCGGCGCCGGCUGGACUGGGGAAGGCAGUCUCACCCGCCGCCUGCUCCUGCUCCAUAUGACACGGUGUGCUGACCCGUCGCCGCUUAUACCCCCGGGCCCCAGUACAAGACGGGUCGUGUAAGCACCUCCUCCACAACUGGGGCUUUCCUGCGUCUGUGCUCGACACUGCUGACCAAAGCCCGUGUCUCUGUUCCCCGUUGGCCAUCUCUCUCUCCUCUCCGCUUCUGGGAUAUAUCCGUUCCCCGUUCCCCGUUCCCCGUUCCCCGGCCCCCGCAUCGACUCCACCGCCUGCUUAGACUCUGGGCCAAGGCACCUACGCCGUCGUCAAGGAGGCAGUGCACAUCAAGACUGGGCAGUACUAUGCAUGCAAAGUACGCCGUAUCCUGCAGACCAGGCUGCCGAACCCAAACCCGCUUGUGCAGGCGGCGCUGACUCGGAAGGAGCGAAUCUCGGAGCUGACUUUUAACACCCACUGGCGCUCAGGUCAUCAACAAAAGGUUGAUGGAGGGGAGAGAACACAUGGUAAGUAGAAGUUUUCGAUCCUCGCAUCCGGCACAACUUCCUAUCACUAACCGACUCCCCUCCUGAAUUAUAGAUCCGGAAUGAAAUCGCCGUGCUCAAAACCAUCUCGCAGGGUCACAAGAACAUCGUCACACUGUGGGGUACGAUUGCUCUUGCUCAGUUCAGGUGAAUAUGUGCGUCAAACUUACUUGGGAGUGAUAACUCUUAUACAGACUACUUCGAAACGCAAAACAAUCGUCAGUUCCCUCCGUCGCCGCUCCACCUUUUGCACAGCUCAAGCUCAUCAAAUGUCUUCCUUUCCUGUGCCAGUCUACCUCGUAACGGAUCUUUGCCAAGGUGGCGAGCUCUUUGACCGUAUCUGCGCCAAACAAUACUUCCACGAGCAUGACGCGGCCAAACUCGUCCAGACCGUCGUCUCGGCCGUCGCCUACCUGCACGGUCACGGUAUUGUGCAUCGAGGUGAGUUAUGCUCAGAAUUUAGCCUUUGAGACGUCGCGCUGACGAUCUCUAAAAUUCCACUUAUGCUACAGAUCUCAAACCUGAGAACUUGCUGUUCCGAACCAAGGAUGACGAUUCGGAUCUACUCAUCGCCGAUUUUGGAUUGUCCAAGAUUGUCGACGAGGGCACCUUCAGCGCUCUGACGACGACGUGCGGUACACCGGGUGAGUACAGUCUCUAACCAAGACAAUUGAAGUGGUGAUCUGACAUCUUGCGUGUUGCUUUAGGCUACAUGGCACCCGAGAUCUUCAAGAAGCAAGGCCACGGCAAGCCAGUCGAUUUGUGGGCCGUCGGUGUAAGCAGCACCUUCCCGAGCCUCUCCAGUGCCAAUAACCCAACUAACCCACCGAUUGGCACAUCGGAAUUUCUACAGGUCAUUACGUAUUUCUUGCUGUGUCAGUGACACUACGAAAGGCCUCUCGUUGGCAGCAUCGGCUGAAACGUGUUUCUUGUGUCACGCAGGCGGCUACACCCCUUUCGAUCGGGAUAGCCAAGUCGACGAGAUCCAGGCCAUCUGCGCCGCCGACUACGCUUUCGAGCCCGCCGAGUACUGGGAAGGCAUCAGUCAAACAGGUCAGUGACUAAUACGGGCACAGACCACUCCUGAGCGAAAGUCAGUAGCCGUCGGACGCUGAAACUGUGAUUUUGCGGACGCGGACCACUCACAGCGCGCGAAUUCAUCGGCAAGUGCUUGACGAUCGAUCAAGCCAAACGUAUCACCGCUGCCGACGCUUUGGCACACCCGUGGUUACAAAUCUCAGACGCCGCCCCCGCCCCUGCUUCGGACCAGCAACAGAACCACGAUUUGUUACCGACGCUGCGUCGCCAGUUCGACCCAGCCAAGACGUUCCGAAAGGCCAUCUUCACCGUCAGGGCCGCGGCGGCUUUGCAGGAUGGGGGGAGGAGACAACGACAGAUGACGAUGAGGGGGGCGCAGACGGAGGAACAGAAGGCAUUUGCGGCUUCGGUCGAGAAGAUGAGAGAGGAUGCUGAGACCGAGUCGGUGAGUGAAAGGGUGGAGUUGGGGCUCGGGACGCCUUGCCUAAGUUAUGCUGACUUAUCUGCGGUCGUUGAACCCUCUUAGUCAAACGUUACCGAGGUUCUGGCACCAUGA